CCCAGUCAGUCGUUACUCGACAUCAUUCGUCAUUUUGUUGUUGUGCUCAUCCUUUAGUAUUAGAUCAAUUAUUCUUAUUCAUCACUUGGUCGCUGGACUCUUCUAGUCUGCCAAACCAAAUGCUGACGCUCAUCAUGCAAGUCGACGAGGAUGCGCCGUUGCCCGCGUCCCUCGAGCAUGAUGCCGGCCCUCCUCAUGCAUCAUCAGCAGAAGCAACACACCACACAGCCUCAUCAGACGCGCCAUCUGCUGCUGGGACGACUCCCACCGCGCCUACACAGUCAACGGACGGACUGGCAGAAGCCCAGCCGCGCCGGUGCAGGGACUUGCGCCAGUCGACGCCGCUGCAAAUUGAAACGCUCGAUCGCUCAGACCAGCUCAACAGCAGCGAGAGCCAGAGGAGGCAACAGAAGGACUCUGAGGCCGAGGACAAGUUGACCUCUGCUAGUAGCGGCGGAACAGCACCGGCCGAGAGCGCUGCUGCUGUGGACGCGCUCGAUCGCGAUGCUGGAAACACUUGCAGUAUUCCAUUCUACUCUGGCAACCCGCUCGUCGAGCUCACCAAGGGUGUCCUGCACAUUUUCUGUGACAUGCGACACAACGGAGAGUACGAAGCAGCGGUGCCUGUCGCACCUGCCUCCAAGAGCAAUCACAACAACGAGAAAGGAGCGGCCCCGACACCGCGAACAACGGCAACUCUGCCACCACCUCCGCCCGACCACAACCAUGGCUACAAUGUCUUUGAUGAAGAGGCUUCCGCGCGAGCGGCGGCGGGUGCCGGUUCGGCGACCGCGAGCUUGGUGUUUGGAAGUCUCAGCACGUCUUUCGCGAUUGGCGGCACUGCUGCUGCCGCGCUACCCCCGCCGCGACUGCCUCUGCAUCGCUCCAAGGUGGUGGUAAUUCUUGCCGUACCAACAAGCAAGCCAUACACGGAUCUCAUUCAGUUCACUGGCUCAGUGCAGCACACUGUCGAGGCCAUGAAGAUUAUCCGCGACGCCGCGCCCAAUCGCUAUUUGGCCGUCCUCCGGUUUCAGACGCAGAACGCAGCCGACGAGUUUUAUUUGUCGUUCAACAAUCGAAAGUUCAAUUCGCUCGAGCCGGAGGUGUGCCAUCUCGCCUUUGUGAGUCACAUUAAGGCCACCCAUCGCACCGACAUGGAAGCGCUCAUGUUUGAGAUGGAGCACCGUGUUCGUACCACCACCACCACCACCACCACCACUGCUGCUGCCAUCGCCACCACUGCUGCCUCGAGCGGGGCUGUGCCUGACGCCUUCCACUCGACGAUGCUUGGCGAAACGUCGAAUGGCGCUACCAGCAGCUCUUUGCAUGCCGCAGGAGCCAUCAAGAUGGCAUCGGCUUUGUCGCCAUCUGCCCCGAUUACUCAGCACAGCCCGUCCGAGACACUUUCCUCGACAAGCGGAUCCGCGCCAGGUCCCUUGGAGAGCACGACAAGCGCGGCGGCUACUGCUGCUCCAACCGGAACCGGCGUGGCAGCCCAACCACAACCACAACCACAAGACGGGCCGUCUGAUCAGCUCCCUCACCACAACCUGGUGGAGCUGCCCACCUGUCCGGUCUGUCUUGAGCGGUUGGACGAGUCGGCGAGCGGCAUUUUCACGACCAUUUGCAACCACAACUUUCACUGCACCUGCUUGUCGCGGUGGGGCGACAGCUCGUGUCCCAUCUGUCGGCACAGCAUCCGACCCGAUUCCAGCAACCAGUGCUUUGAAUGCGACUGCACCAGCAGCCUUUGGAUUUGCCUCAUUUGCGGACACAUUGGCUGCGGGAGGUAUGUCGAUGGUCACGCGUACGAGCAUUUUCGCGAGACGCAGCACACGUAUGCGAUGGAACUUGAAAGCCAACGCGUGUGGGACUAUGCUGGCGACAAUUACGUCCACCGCUUGAUUCAGAAUCGCACGGACGGGAAAAUGGUCGAGUUCUCCAGCCCCGGCAGGCCGUCACGCUCAGAACGGUCUGGCGCGGGUCGCACUUCGUCUGAGGUUCGUUCUGCUUCCGCGGCUGCUUUUGAGAAGGGAAGGAGUGGACACGUCUCUGCUGCGGACGAUCCGGACGAUUUGGGCAAGAAGAAGCCCGGCGCGCGCGGCAACGUGAUGCACUUUGGCGACAUGCCAGUACCCGCAAGCGCGCGGCGGCUUGGUUUCGGCACCAGCGGCGAUGCCGAGGCACAGGCUCAGGAUGAUGGUGCGCACGCGGGCUACGAGGAUGAGCACGUGUUCUACGAGUACAGUUCCAGCGAGGAAAAGGUCGACGCCUUGCAACUCGAGUACACGUACCUCCUGGCCGCGCAACUUGAACGGCAGCGUGCGUAUUUUGAGGGGAAGAUGCAAGAACUCGAGCAGCAUGCCAUCGAGCGCGAACGACAGCUGAUUGUGCGGAUGGAAGCACUCCAGUCCAGCACGAGCGAGAUGGAGCACAAGUUGGCUGCGAGUGAACGAGAGCGCAAGGCCUUGGAGAAAAAGACCCUCCAAGCCAGAGAGAAGAGUAGCCGACUUCAGCUCGACUUUGACAAUGAGAAAGAGAUCACCACGUCGCUUCAAGAAAACCAAAAGUUUUGGCAAAACGAGCUGGAAGCGCUCAAGCGCAAGACUGCCGAUGCACUCAAGAGCAAGGAGGAGCAGAUCGCAGACCUUGGGGAGCAAGUCCGAGACCUCAUGUUUUACAUGGACACUCAACAAAAGGUAUCCGCAAGCCCCCACUCCAAGGAGCUGCAGGAAGGACAGGUCAUCGUCACCGAAGCUGCGGCGUCCAGUCCCGCCGCCAAGGGCAAGGGCCGCAAGCGAUAAAAAAAAUCACCACAAUUGGAUUUGUUGUGCGUUGGUAUACCUUGUUAAUGUUUUUUUUCUGGUUUCCUUUCAUGGUCAGAACACGAGAACGAGUUUGAUGACGUUUGCAUGCGCAUGAUGUCAACAUCAAAUUUGGGACGUGACUCUUAAAAAGGCAUCGACUCUUUGUUUCCCCGACCAGCUACGCGCUCGGCAUUCAU